AGGGGGAAUAUGAGUGUUAUAAAACUGUAAAGUGUCAGUGGUUCAACCGAUCUGAAGCACUAACUGCAGCAGUCACGUGGUAUUGACGGGCAGCGAGGCUUCGUUUGUCAUCGAUGACGUCACUGGACUUAAACGAUACAAGCCUCGAUACACGCUCCACAAAAAUCUUCCUGCAUUACUCGACACACGCUCCGAAGCCUCGACGCAGAUGCAGUGGGUUGAAGAGGUCUCGAUGUUGGCGACCUCACAGUGAAAGUCUGCAAAAUUGAAAUCCAGUAAGGACAGGUGACUCUUCCAACUAGCACCCACAAAGGUGACCACCCUAAUGUCCCUGCAGAACACUCCAAGGCUCAUACUAAAAAAACAGUUGCAGAACUAAAGGAGAGGGCUGAUUUUCAACAUGGAGGGUGUCGCAGUGGACAACUUAAUAGACUUUGCCCCGGCCUCGGAGGCCACAGCUGUUCGCAUUAAAGGAGGCCCUCACCAAGGCCAUACAGACAUUUUCUCCCCGGAGCAGUCACCUUCCAUGGAAGUCCAUCAGCAACGUUUACUCCAAGAGCUGAUAUCGCCAACCAAGGGCAGCCCUGAAGAGGGCCACCAUGACAGCGAUGCUACAGAGUCGGCAGACAGCGAUAACGACAUGGAGGUGCCCUCUCACUUGUGGGGGCCAAGGCGGUCGUCUUCUUCGUCCGCUCACAGCGGAAAACACGCUGACACUGACAGGGUGGAGAGGAGGCACUUCAUGAAGGCUUAUGUGGGGAAGGUGUUUCAUGGAAGGGAGGACUUUGACCAGGAAGAGCAGGCUCGUUUUGGAGAGCUGUGCAGUGGAGAGAAUGGCAAAGGCAGGGAGUGUUUUGCCAAAUACGUCAGCGCACAGCGCUGUCACUCCAAGUGUGUGAGUGAAGCCACCUUUUACAGACUGGUGCAGUCUUUUGCAGUCGUACUGUUUGAAUGUUACCAGAUGGAUGACUACAGCCCGGCCAAAAACCUCAUGACUAUGUGCUUCACGUACUACUACAGUGGGAAGUCCCAGCCGUCUCCCUCUGAGCUGUUGGAACGUGGUAGUCCUCCAGCUGCUGUGGACUCGUAUAUCAACAAGGCCAACUCCUGGCUUUCUGUGAAGAAGGAUGCCGCUGAGCGCCUCCUCAAAAACACAUCCAAGAAUGAUGUCAAAGGCUUCUUUGGAGGCCUAGAGAACAAGCUGAGAAGCUCAAUGACUCCUAAGACUGAGGAUGGGGAAAGCCCUGUCGGGACAAAGCCCAAAUCACCAGUGUCUGAGGCUCCGGAGGAGAAGAUAGGAGAGAAGGUGUACCUGUACAGCCACCUGAAGCAGCAACCUGUCUGGCAUACACUUAGAUUUUGGAAUGCUGCAUUUUUUGAUGCCGUCGAUUGUGAAAGGAAGAAAAGAUCCCCCACCACGAGGGGAACGCAGGAAGAAGAGAAAGAUGAGAGGGAGAAGUGGUGUCACAUGACCCAGGAGGAGAGGGAGGAUCGCUCCAAGAUGGAUGAGAACAUCGCCUUCGGCCAGCUGGGGACCUUCACUCAUAACAUGCUGGCGUUUGGGCUCAGUAAGAAGCUUUGCAAUGACUUCCUGAAGAAGCAGGCGGUCAUUGGGAGCCUCAAUGAAGAACAGUACAAGUUGCUGAGUGACCACAUAGAGGGAUUGAACUCCGAGUAAGUUUGAAGAUUACAGGCUGCGGCUCAGAGGUCUCCACAGAACAGAUUCACUGCGUGAGGAGUUUAUCCAGGAGUUGAUGCAUCUGUGUGCAACACUGCUGUGUGCAAAAUCAUUCUAACUAUACUGAGGUGUUCCAGCAGAACCCUGCUCCGCUGCAUCAUGGAUCAGCAAUAAUACAACAUCAUCAGCGAGAGAAAACUUGAAUACAAUCUUCCUAAUGUGACGUACUUGCAAAAGAAAUAGGAGCAUUAAGGGAAACCGUCUGGUAUAAAACCUAAACGGCCUCAGCAUGAUGUGUUAGCUAUAUAUCAUUGAUGCUUUUGCUUCCUGGGUACACACUCAUGACUUGUUAGCUCUAACAGCAUCUGGUGAGCCAGCCCUGAGUAUCGUCCUGCCUUAGUACAUGUGACGUAACAGACAGCGCCAACCAGACCUGGGUAUAAUAGUAAAGUCAUUUCAGUGAAUUACUGAAUACUCAUGUGCUUUCUGCAACACUGUAGAAUCGUAUAUGGCAAAACAAACAAUUUAAAAAAUGAUUUACCAUAAAACCAUUAUACUGUUACCAUAUGACCUUAUUGCUGGCAGCUCAAAUAUCCCUGUAAGCCUUCCCUUCAUUGGUUUAGUUCAACAUCUUGAGAAGCACACUCAGUAAGGACAGACUUAGCUUAGCAUAAAUCCUGGAAACAGUGGCUAGACUGGUUGCGUCAGAAAGGAGCGUUUGCCCACUGCACCCUUCUUGGUAAUAAUGCUAAGUUAAGACAGUGUUAUUACAAGCAGAAGUCUUCCUUCUGACCAAAUACAUCUAAUACCACUCUCUUUUUACUUUGACACACAGGUACAUUCUAGUGGAAAUUAUUUAAUGUUUUCUUUAAUUAUUAGCUUCAUUAUACCCUUGAAGCCAUUAGAGAACAUGUAUCUUUCCAAAUUGACUUAAAUUAAAGUAAAUGUCUUUCAUUCAGAUGCUCUGCUCCAACCGAACACUGACAUUUCCUAUUUGUAUUACUUCAUCCUACCACUGCAGGGUUGCUUCGUGUCUUCACUGAAUCACUUCUCAUUGAGAGGCUCCUGAAUUCUAAAGUCUCAAGAAUAUAUCAAUGUGUUUUUCAGACAUUUCAGUUUGAUGAUCUGUUUUAAUCUAUUGUGUCAAUAAAGACAUUUUGUAAAUAC